AUGCCUGCCGACACGCGCACCCUCAACUGGUACGAGAACCGUGAUGAUACGGCGGCCAUCAAGGCCAACAACUGGAGAAUUCAGAUAGCCAAGCUCGUGGCGAUAUCGCCCAGCAGUACUCCGACAUACAACAUCGUCUGGCAGUCGAAAGGGGUUGCGCCGUCGACGGCUAUCUCGUGGAAGGUGCAGUACGCGCUGGGCUGGACAGUGGACCCCCCUGAUACCGGCAUGACGGUUCAAAUCACCGGAGAGUGGCAGCCGUGCAACCUGGACGAGUCCUACAACGUCGACGAGAAUGGCUUCUGGGUCGUGAGUGACCGGACCAAGCACCCGAAACAGGAGCUGGCACCCCUGCCGGACUGGCUCAACGUCGGCUACAUCGACUACAUGUCGGCUACAUCGGCUACUCGUACCCCGAAAUCCAAGGCAUCCACAUUCUACGAGCCCAUCUUCAUUGACCCGACCACCUUGCCGCUGGGUGCGGCGGGGCAGUACAAGCCCCAUGAGAUGACGAGCUGGUGGCUCGGGGCAGGCGACCUGACGGGCCAGGUCAUC